AUGGACCCCGAGUAUGACGUUCUUCUCGAUGCCUUACUCCAAAGAUACAAAGAUGUGUUUGCGCCAAAUCCCGUGCCCAGCCGCGAGUCCCUCAAGAAGGUCUUAUUCUGUACUGCGAUCAAAGGGCUCGAGAGGACAAGAAAGGUGCAGCACUGCAUUGUCACAAGACUUUUUCCCAACAUGGAGCGUCUGAUAAAGUUUGGGAACGACAAGACACGCGCCCGGUCACAAGAACACUGGGCUCAAUGGGGUGCUCAUGUCGCGGAACUGGCUAGCACAAACAUCGAUCUCGUUUUUAACACCGGAAGAUUGGAGGAACUAGAAGGCAAGAUGGUUCGAGUUGUUGUCGAGGCUGAGAUUCUCGCCAAAGCUCUGGAGAAAAUGUUAGAGACCAGGACACCCGUCGAAAAGGAAGACAUGUGGCCUUACGGUCAUUUCGUUGCGAAUUCGCAGUCAUCCAGGGCGCACUUCUCAGCAAUCUUGGCCCUUCCAGAUGGUUCGUCUACUCAGAAUGCUCAGAUGUUCUUGUCCAAGGAGAUCCUGGAGUACGAGGAUAUACUUGACACUAUCUCCGGUCUCCAGAUCUACACAUUGAUUCACCUAUUGUGCUUCGCCAACUUGGCAGGCAUGAAGGAUUUGAAGAGGGUCUUGCUCAGCGAAAUUCUGCCACACACGCGGAAGAUGUACCCCUCCGUAGAUAAGCCAAUGUUUGCUUUGGCUGCAGGUUGUUGGACUACAUGGGCCAUUGAGAUCGAAGAGAUGGCUUGGGCUCACUUAUACCUGGAUAAAAUUGGUACAGGCGGCUAUACUUUCGCGUUCAUCAACACGUCCUUCGAAUCUGCCAUCACGGAGGGCAAUCACUGCAUAGGUCACACUUUGAUGCGCCUCGAGCAAAUCACACAGAAGCUCAGCGAACUUACGAAGGAGCUGUUGAAGUCGGAUAUGACUUCUAUACAGAUGCAUGCUUUAUCGAACGAGUACCAUCGCUAUGUAAUGGUUUGGAAGUAUCAACAAAUUUUUGACCGAGAUGCAGUUGCUCAAAUAGGCCAAAUUAUGGGACAGUUCAAGGCAGAAAACGCUCAAAAAGUCGCAGCACUGGAAGGACUGGUCUAUUACAGGAUAUUCCCGAUCAUGAAACGCUUGAAAGCGCAUGGUGAUCUAGAGGUGCGCGCUUGGUCACAAGAUAGACUGAGUGCUUGGCUUUCCUCUUUCGACCUUCUGGCUGCCAAAUUGGACUUGUUGACGGACCAAAACUCAUUCAAAGGACCGGAGCCUCCAGGUGAUCUCCUUUCACAGAUGACGGAGUCAUUUUGCGAUCUCUUCUUACAAAUAACGGAGUUAUUUGGCGAUCUCAUCGAAGAGCGUCUGGAGUCUAGCCUCACAAUGGAUGAAUUUGUGCGAAAGAGCAUCCCAUCUUUACGUGGAGCUCUCAACAACAGCUUUCCGCAGAAGUCGGAUAGUGAGAUUCUGUAUGAGGUUCUUUCGAAACUUGUUGGAAGCACAUCGUGGACCGAACCGGGCCGGCCUGACGACAAGCUUGGCCAGCAACACCAGCACCACAAAGGCGGCCGCUCCAUCGCUCAGGUUCUUGAAAAGGUUAAUUCUGCAGCGGCUAAACUCGCGAAUGUAUGUCGGUUUGUGCUUAUUCUCAUAUUUGCGAUAAUGCUUCAGGGACUGUGCCUGCUAAUCGGGUCGUUGUCCUACCAGGACUCUGCGGAUUUAACUUACUCGCUUACCAAAGACCAGAUCGACUCUAGAGAACAAAUGAAUGCCAUGCUUCAGCAAACGGACAAAGACGAAGCUUCCGAAUCUGGCUACGACAGUGUCUCAUCUUCAGCCGAGCUGCACGAGAAGCUGGCUGCGAGUGGUGAGGCUAGAUCAGCGCCCGGGAACCUUCAAGAUGCCAUGGUGCGCAUUCGCAAUCUUGGUAAAGAGAAGUCCCGACUUAUAGAACUGUUUGAUGAAACUUCAAGACAACAUGCAAAACUCAAGCGAAAACAUCAAGACCUUCAGGAUAAAGUUUGGAUCGCGAAUCAAAAAAUGGACAAUAUUGACGCCAUGCUGGAGAAGGCCGUCGCUGAUGAAGAGUUGCACAAAUCUGAAGCAGCACAGACGCGGCAGAAGAUGAGGGAUGCGCUCCGUGACGCCGAAUUGUACGAGGCCGAAUUAGCAAAGGCGCGGAAGAAAAUCGAAACUCAGAACGCCAAAAUAUCUAAGAUUCAGUCGAGCCUAUCAAGCGCCAUUGACAAAGGAAAGAAUCAGAACCUACUGCUGAGCCGAGCGUCUUCUGAGAUUUAUAAGCUUCGUAGCGAGUUGCAGAAUCUCAUGACAGAGAAGAAAGUCAAAGACAUGGACAUAGCGAGGUACAAGAAAGAGGCAGACGAGCGAGAUAUGUUUAACGAAGCAUGCAAGUUCCCUCGUGCUAUAUAUUACCACAGUUCAGCCCUGCUGACACUCUCGCUUCCUAAAACUGAGCUUCAAGACAUCAGAGCCGCCGCCCUUGAAGAACUUAGCUCCACGUCAAAGAACAAUCAAUCGGAAGGCCAGGCUCCUCAAGAUACGGCACAUGAGAAAGAUGUUGAACUUCGAAAUGCACUUGCAGAGAUUCGUAUUCUCCGAAAAGAGAACGCCGACAUGAUCCGUGUUCGAGCCGAGAAUGUUGGAUUGCGCAAACAGUUGGAGGAUGAAGCCAAAGAUAAGCAAGCUAAGCGGGCCCUGCACGUAAGUGUCAAUGAGAACGUUGGGCCCGUUAACGACUGCCUAGCUGGUGCUUCUACCGAGAAAAUUGAGCCGGAGCACCCCGACACAUCCAAGCUCUUCGCUUCACAAUCGCUCCAGAAAGGCCCCAUGCCUGUCGCAGUGGAUCUUGAAGACGACAUUCAGCGCACCUAUCAAACCGGCAUGAGGAACGUAGCUUGGAAGCAGGCGCCGCCAGCGUCCGUCAAUAAGGUAAACUUCUCCCAAUCCUCCAUCUCCGCUAUGCACUCCCAACGUGAAAAUACGCAAUAUGAUAACUGUUCGGACGACUCUGGCCUGAACCCUUUUUACUUUCUCACACAGGUACCGACAGCCUUCCCAUCGCUCAAACCUCCGCCGGCUCCCACACCUCUUGGUGAAAACCUCCCGUUCCGCUUCGUGGCAAAGAAGGAGAAGAAAAAGGGCAAGGGUGGCAAGAAUUAA